UUCGCUUCGGUCUUUACAUCGUCAAUAACAACGCCGAGCUUGCAGUUGCAGGGGCAGCACCACAGCAGCCAUGGCCAUGGAUUCGAGCUACGGCGAUGAAUUCGCGGUGGGUUGUUUUCUUUCCAUUAAGACUACGUUGGGGGACGAGUUUGAGGGUCAAAUCAUCACCUUCGAUAAGCUUUCCAACAUUCUAGUCCUUCAAGAAGGUUCGAAAACGGGCCCUCGUCGAAAUAUUCGGCUUUUGAAGGCGAACUAUAUUAAGGAUUUCACGCUACUGGGUCAAGCUGAGGAUCCUCUUGAUCACAAGAAAUGUUAUCUCGAUCUUGCUAGUCUUCAAGCAAGGGAGGAAGCUGCUAUAAGGCAAGCAGAACUAGAGGCUGUGAGAAUUGGGGUUGGGGUUACCAGUGAGGCCCAGAGCGUAUUUGAUGCAUUGUCUAAGACGCUUCCAGUUCACUGGGACAAGACUGUCAUUGUGGUGAUGAAUGAAGUUCGCGUUAGCAGUCCAUAUCUCCCUGAAAAUGUAAUUGGUGGAACCCCUGCUGCCAAUGAUCGGGUGAAGAAAGUGCUAGAAUUUGAAAGGAAGAGGUUGCAUGCCCGUGGUCCAAGCCAGUGAUGGUUUAUCCUUUCCAUCAUUUAGCUGCUGGGGGAGUGCUGCCGUAUGCUUGGUAACCAUAUGCUAAUACCCAUUUACUGCAUUCAUUGGUGCGCUGAGGUAAGGUGUCUGGCUAUGUAGCUUGGAAACAAGUUCUGUUGGAGGAGGGGGAAGACAUCUGAGUGACUUUUAAUCACACACUUAUCUAAGUUUUUACUUUGUAGUGGCUAAGUUAAUGCGAAAGAAUGUUAGAAGGUUGUUGAA